UGGAGUAUUAAUUAAUCCUUGCAAUUCUAAAACCAUGACUGAGGGGUUGGUGACAUUCAGGGAUGUGGCCAUCGACUUCUCUCAAGAGGAGUGGGAAUGCCUGGCUCCUGCUCAGAGGGACUUAUAUGUGGAUGUGAUGUUGGAGAACUAUAGUAACUUGGUCUCCCUGGUAUUUGAUUUUCUUUCAGAUUUGGAGUCAACAUAUGAGACUAAACAUACAUUUUCAGAAAACGACAUUUUUGAAAUAAAUUUUUCCCAAUGGGAGAUAAAAGAAAGAAGUAAAAUCCUUGGCCUUGAGGCAUCCAUUUUCAAAAAUAAUUGGAAGUGCAAAAGCAAAUUGGAGGGACUUAAGGGACAUCAAGAGGGGUACUUCAGUCAAAUGAUAAUCAGUUGUGGAAAAAUGCCCACUUAUAGAAGUAAAUCACUUACAGCACAUCAAAGAAUUCACACUAGAGAGAAGCCCUAUGUUUGUAAGAAAUGCGGGAAGGCUUGUAGUCAUGGCUCAAAACUUGUUCAACAUGAGAGAACUCAUACAGCUAAGAAACACUUUGAAUGUAAAGAUUGUGGGAAGCAGUUUUUUAGUGCCUAUCAGCUCACUGUGCACCAAAGAUUUCAUACAGGUGAGAAACCGUAUGAGUGUAAGGAAUGUGGGAAAACCUUUAGUUGGGGAUCAAGUCUUGUUAAACAUGAGAGAAUCCACACUGGUGAGAAACCCUAUGAAUGUAAGGAAUGUGGCAAGGCCUUCAGUCGUGGCUAUCACCUUACUCAACAUCAGAAAAUCCAUAUUGGUGUGAAAUCUUAUGAAUGUAAAGAAUGUGGGAAGGCCUUUUUUUGGAGCUCCAGCCUUGCUAAACAUGAGAUAAUUCAUACAGGUGAGAAACCCUAUACAUGUAAAGAGUGUGGGAAAGCCUUCAGUCGUGGCUAUCAACUUACUCAGCAUCAGAAAAUCCAUACUGGUAAGAAACCUUAUGAAUGUAAGAUAUGUGGAAAAGCUUUUUGCUGGGGCUAUCAACUUACUCGACAUCAGAUAUUUCAUACUGGCAAGAAACCUUACGAAUGCAAGGAGUGUGGGAAGACCUUUAAUUGUGGCUCAAGUCUUAUUCAACACGAACGAAUUCACACUGGCGAGAAACCCUAUGAGUGUAAAGAAUGCGGGAAAGCCUUCAGUCGUGGCUAUCACCUUACUCAGCAUCAGAAAAUCCAUACGGGUGAAAAACCUUUUGAAUGUAAAGAAUGUGGAAAGGCCUUUAGUUGGGGUUCAAGUCUUGUUAAACAUGAGAGAGUCCAUACUGGUGAGAAAUCCUAUGAAUUUAAAGAAUGUGGGAAAGCUUUUGGUAGUGGCCAUCAACUUACUCGACAUCAGAUAUUUCAUACGGGUGAGAAGCCCUAUGAAUGUAAAGAAUGUGGAAAAGCCUUUAAUUGUGGUUCAAGUCUUGUUCAGCAUGAGAGAAUCCACACUGGCGAGAAACCCUACAAGUGUAAAGAAUGCGGGAAAGCCUUCAGUCGUGGCUAUCACCUUACUCAGCAUCAGAAAAUCCAUACAGGUGAAAAACCUUUUGAAUGUAAAGACUGUGGGAAGACCUUCAGUUGGGGUUCAAGUCUUGUUAAACACGAGAGAGUCCAUACUGGUGAGAAAUCCUAUGGAUGUAAAGAAUGUGGGAAGGCCUUCAGUCAUGGCUAUCACCUUGUGCAACACCAGAAAAUCCAUACUGGUGAGAAACCUUUUAAAUGUAAGAAAUGUGAGAAGACCUUUAGUUGGGGUUCAAGCCUCAUUAAACACGAGAGAGUCCAUUCUGGUGAGAAAUCCUAUGGAUGUGAAGAAUGUGGGGAGUUCUUUGGUAGUGGCUAUCAGCUUAAUGUUCAUCAGAGAUUUCAUACUGAUGAGAAACCUUAUCAGUGUAAGGAAUUUGGGACUGUGUUCAGUUGUGGCUCAGGUCUUGUUCAACAUGAGAGAAGUCACAAUAAUGAUAAACUCUGUAACUAUAAAGAAUGUGGCAAAGCCUUUAUAUGGACAGCUUACUCAAAUGAGAUUACUGAUACUAGUGAAAGUUUAUGAUUGAAGAGAAGUGAAAACAUUGUUUUUGUAUAUGGACAACUUGUUCACCACAAUUCUUAGUCUUGAGAAGACUUAUGAAUGCAAAAAGCUUUCCUGUAUAGGCAGUUUAGUUGAUACCAGAAAAUUCAUAUUAUUGAGAAAUCUCAAAUUUUCAAAAAAUAGGAAAAGGCCUUUCAAUUUCUGUAUGAUCUUAUUGAACAUCAGUGUUACUGAUAUGAAACCAUUUAAAUGUAAGGAAUAUGUGAAGAUCUUUAUUCAUGGUGCAAAGUCUGAUAAACAUCAGAGGAUCUAUACUCAUUAGAAACACUUAUAGGAAUGUGGUAAGGACCUAAUUGUUUUUGCUCUGCACAUUAGAGUUGCUGCUACUGGAAUACAGAUGAAUAUAAGGAAUGUAGGGAGGCAUGUAGACGUGGUAGAAUUAAUCCACAUGAGAAACCCUUUGAAUUAGAUUGUAGGAAGGCCUUUAAUUAAGUGCUGUUCAAACUCUUGUCCCGAGACUAGUGCCAUCCAUGAAAUUGUUACCUGCCCACCAUAAGAAAAGUGUGUGGAAUCUUUUAUAGCAAUUUGAUACUGCACAUUAUCAUUUUAUAAAAAUAUUAGUCUGUGAAUGCUUAGAAAUUAAAAACAAAGUUUUUCUUUGCCUAGAAAUAAUUUGAAAACCAGCACUCUUUAAAAUAUGAAACAAGUCACAAUACGAUUUAGUUAAAAUAUGAAAUCCUUCACUUGUAAUUUCUGAUUAGGAGAAUGUUCAUAUUAUAGAAUAUUAGGCUGACAACAGAAGCAGAAUAUGCUUAUUCCUAUAAAAGCAUAAGAAAAUGCAUAUCAUAUGAUGGCUUCAUAAUCAUGUUCAAUCAGGAGGCUGUCAUGAUUCCAUGCUGGCAUCAAAGCAUGCUAAUGUUGAUGAAGUAAUAAGUUUAUACACAUAUUUGAAUCCAAUACUUUAAUAGUUAACUAAUUUCCAGAAAUGUCAGUUUCAUCAAAACUUCUGCAUUGACAAGUACCUGUGGCUCACCCCGGUAAUUAUUUUAACCUGCACCUCCCCUCUGUGUCCUCUCAGUAUAGACAGACCAUCUGAGUCAUCACCAGUCAUUUGCCAUAUAGUGGCCAACAGCUUUGUUCCACCCAAUUUUAAUAAUGAAGUGGAACACAGCAGGAUAUUUUUGAGUAUUUUAAUAGAAUAAAUCAUUGCUGAUCAUUUAGUGUUUCACUCCUCCUGGGUACCAUAUUUGCAUUUUAACUAGGAGGUGUGGACAUGGUGCCUUAUCCUAGCACUUCUGAAGUAGUGUCAAAAAACACCAGUACUUAAUAGCACUUGAAACACAAGAAUUCUCCAGUAAAAGAAGCAUAUGAAGCAAUCUUUACUAAAGUCAAUCUUAAGGAAAAACCAAAAGAGCACCUUUCAACUUAUCUCAUUGAAAAAAAUGUUCAACUUUGUUAAGUCUGGUGUAUCUCAAAUCCUGGAAAUCCUGAUUCACAUUACCAGUUACCAUUUUAAGGAUGUGAAACUAUAUUAGAAAAUGCUGCUAUACGUGGGUUUGGUCCCUGGCCUGCCAGGGAGCAGCACACAUGGCACAGCAGACCUCUCCUGUCUCUUCGCUGCUCCCCUCAGCAGUGUGUUUCACUCGGUCGGUCUGUUCUGUUCCCCGCUCUGUCUCUGGUGAAUCCUCUCACCCCCUGCAUCUCUGGCCCAUACCCCAGCUCUUGUAGGCAUAGAUAAAUACGUGAAUCUUUAAAAAGAAAAAAGAAAAUGCAGCUAUAACUAAAACUCUGAAGUUAAACCUCCUAGUCAUUGAAUCUGGUUUUUAGCGAUGAUGGAAUGGCAGUUUGCGUCUUCUCUCCAAUAGUGGCCUUCUGUUUUUUCUUAUUUGUGAAUAAAAAUCUUUGUUGUAUCUACUUAGGGAUGGCUCCUGUGUUUGUCAUAUGCAACUUAAUCUUUUCUUUUUUGCAAAUAUACAGUAUUUAAUUGGUUACUGUAUGAAUGGAAAGAAUGUGAGAAGGCAUUUAGUCGUAGCUAUCGCCUCAUCCAGUAUAGGAAAUCUAUACUGGUGAGAAAAAGUGUGUGUGUGUGUGUGUGUGUGUGAGAGAGAGAGAGAGAGAGAAACCAAUCAGUGCAUGAAAGCAAUCGUUUUGAUGCACUGGUUGGUUUCAUUUGCUACUAUCUUUUUUUUUUUUAAAGAUUUAUUUAUGUAUACAAGAACUGGGGUACAGACCAGAGGUGUAGGGGUGACAGGAUUCACCAGAGACAGAGUGGGGAGCAGAACAGGCAGAUCUACUGAAAUACACUGCUGAGGGGAGCAGCAGGCGAGACAGGAGAGGUCUACUGCACCAUGUGGAUAGCUCCCUGGCCUGCCAGGGAUCGAACUUGUGCUGCAGAGGCUGCAGAUUGCUUCACAGGUUGCUUCUUAACCCCUUAUGCCACCAGGGAGGCCCUCAUUUGCUACUAUCUUAUUUAGAAUUUUUACAUCUUUUGAGUGAUAUUAUGUGAUGUGCCUGUUUCAGUGUAUUUUUGUUUUUGUAUUUCAAUUGCCUGUUCUUUUAAAUUGCCUGACUGGUUGAUUGGAGAUCCUUAAUCACUUUUCUAGUAUAGUAUGUUGAUUUGUCUUGUCUUUGAAUUUCUGCUUUUUUUAAGAUUUAUUUAUUUAUGCAUACAAGAGAUGGGGUGUAGGCCAGAGUUGUGGAGGGCAGUGAGAGGAUUUACCAGAGACAGAGUGGGGAGCAGAACAGGUGGAUUGACUGAAUUACACUGCUGAGGGGAGACAGGAGAGGUCUGCUGCACCAUGUUAGUUAUCUUCCUGGUCAAGGAUAGAAUUCAGGCUGCAGUGGCUGCUGAUAGUUUCAUAGUGCUGAGACUUUUUUCCUGGUUGUUUUUUUUUCUAGAUGCAUUCAUGUUUCCUAUUUUACAUUUAGAAUUAUGAAAAAAACAUAGGAGACUAAUUAGUGAUCAUGGGCAUUUAUCUUUUACACAGGUCACAAAGGUAACUGUAAAAGAUCAUAAGCUGCACUUUAUUUUUAAAAACUUGAGAAAUAGGUAAGUCAGAGACAGGGAGGAUAACGUACAUAUUUCUGACAAAGGAUUAGCAUCUAUUGUAUCAAAAAGAUUUUAUCUGUGAAUCAUAAAAAUACAAAGAGCACUAUCUAAAUGGAUAAAAGUUGAACAGAUAUAGCAAAAGAGAAAAUAUAUGUAUGACCAAUAAGCACAUGGAAAGGUGGUCAGUAUCAUGUGGGAAAUAUUGAUAAAACAUGGAUAUUACUACAUAUCCACUAAAAUGGUUAGCUUUAAAAAGACUCACUGUGGACAAGAAUGUGAAGCAAUUGAAAUUCUCACAUUGCUGAUGGAUGCUAAAAUGGAGAAGUACUUUAGAAAAUAAUUUGACAGUUUCUGAUACUCCAUGACCCAGCGAUUUUGCUCCUAGAAAAAGAAAUGGAAUAAUAUGGCCACAAGAAAAUUGGUACAAGAAAAAAAGAUUUAAGAUACCAGAGCCAGUGUAAUGUGGAGCAGUAUCAAAAGAUAUAACGUGUGAGUUUUUGGAAGGAGGGAAAAAUAUUAAAGAAAUAAUGGCCAACAUUUUCUGAAAUUUGGUAAAAAGUCUAAGUGUACAGAUUUCAUAGGCUCAGAGAAUCCCCAACAGGAUUAACACAAUGACAACGAUAUGAAAGCACAUCAUACUCAAAGUUUAAAAUCUAAAGCACUAAGAAAAUCUUGUAAGCACCCAGAGAAAACGGCCCAUUACAUCUGAGGAAACGUAAUUCAAUUUCUCCUCAUAACCUGUGGAGGCCAGAAGUCAGUGCAAUUAUACAGCUAUCUUUUCUUUUAAAAAGGCAAAACAAAACUCAGAUUCUGUAGCAAGAAAAAAGUAUUUUUCAAGAAUAAAGGAAUUUCAAUCAGAGCAACUAUCAAAAUUCAUCAUCAGAUGUGCACUUAAGAAAUGUCAAAUUAAGGGCCUCCCCGGUGGCGCAGCGGUUGAGCACUAGGCUGUGAAGCUGCCCGCAGCUUCUGCAGCGCUGGUUCGAUCCCCGGCCUCUGGCGAGGGUUCCACAUGGCGCGCAGACCUCUCCUGCAGUGCCCACUGCUCCCCUCAGCAGUGUACUUCGUCAGUCUGCCUGUUCUGUUCCCCACUCUGGCUCUGGUGAAUCCUCUCACCCUCCCGCACUUCUGACUGUACCCAGUGCAUAUAUAAAUAAAUAAAUAAAUCUUUUUAAAAAAAUGUCAAAUUAAGUUCUUCAAAGCAGAAGGAAACUGAUACCAAAUAGCAAUAUAUAUCAUGGGGAAGGAAUGAAGAGCAUGAGAAAAGGUAAAAAAACAAAAGUUGAGGUUUUGUCUACAUUUAUUUAAAAUACAUAAGACUUUAUAUUUCCAAGUGAAGUGCCAAUGUGACUUUCCAUUAAUUACUUAUUAACUGCAAAGAAAAAUAUUUAUCAGUACACUGGAAAGAGCUGGUGGUCAAUAUAUGGAGAUCAAGCCUCAAUGCCACCUGAUACUUGACAAUAUUAUGUACAUAAUAUUAUCUAUGAGGGAGUUUUGUCAAAAUGUUUAAUCUGAAACUUAGGCCUGUACACAUAACCUCCAAUUCACAAAAGAAAAAGACAGUAAGCCCCAAAAUAUAGAAUUUGCUGUACUAUAUAUUACUUCUGAGGCUUCAGUCUGAGUCACAGAAAUGGUGGAGGAUAAAAUUUUUGACCAAAUGAUACCCAAUAACUCAUAUCAUUUAAAAUGCAUGAGCUUAUUUUGUUCUUUUUUUUAAGCCAUCAUUUUGAAAAGACAUUUUUUAAGCAACAGGAGAAAUUUGUACACAGACUAAAUAUAGGAAAUUAUAGGGUUACUAUUACUCUUCUUUAGUAACAGUGCUUCAGUGGUCACGUAGAAGAUUCUCUUUCAUUCUAGACAUUGUUGAUUUUUAAAAAUCAUAGUAAACUGGUAUAUGGAAUAUAUAUUUAUAUGCAGUAAGUAUAUUUGUGCAUCUGUAUGUAUAUAUUUUUCAUGAGUGAUAGAUCAGAUAUACUGAAUUUAGUUGCAGAGCAAACCAAACUUCACUGUACCAUUGUUUAAUCUUUUAUGUAAAUUUGAAAUCUUGGCAAACUUGUCCAAGUCCAUAUCUGUCUUUGGCUACCUUUGUUAGCCAAAACAAAGGUAUUAAUUUUUAAUUUCUUGGUGUUAAAUUCUAAUUUUAACUGUAGGGAAUGUGGUUUGCAAGUUAUCUGUAUUACAGAGCUUAUUGUGAGAAAAUUUCUUCAAAUCACAUAACAGCUAUACUCUCAACAUGCAAUAAAGACAUGGAGUUUUCUUCCAUUUUGUUUUGUUUUUGUUUUUGUUUUUUUUCUGAAAAUACUUAGGCACAUGGGGGCAGGGAGCUCAGUCUUUCUUGGCAUCUGCCUUCCUCAUGGCAGCCAGGAGGUUGCUCAAUUCCUCUCUCUUCUUCUUGGAGCCGAUGUAUGUCCCCAGCCUCUUCAUGAUAAAUUUUAGGGCACACUGGUCCUUGGAG